GGGUCGCCCGCGGCACCUUCACGGUGCUGGCCUGGCCUCGGGUGGCCGUGGUGGCCUCGGGUGGCUCUGUCACCAUCAACUGCAGCCUCAGCCCGUGCCCGGGGGACAACGCCACGCUGGCGCUCCGGACCCCCCUGCCCGUCACCCCCGGCCCAGAGGGGCCGCGCUGGAAAAUCUUCCGGAUCGGCGACGUGUCCGAGUGGAAUCCCGACCCCGUCGCCUGCUGGGGACGCUGCGGGGACAGCGAGGCCAGCGCCAGCUGGCGGAUCCUCGUCUACCAACUCCCACAGAAGGUGGCUCUGGAUCCGGUGCCGCCGGUGGCCGUGGGCGACAGCCGGAACCUGACGUGCCACGUGCUGGAGGUGGCACCGGUGGCCAACCUGACGGUGACGCUGCGCCGCGGCGCCGAGACGCUGCGCACCGAGAGCUUCGGCGACGCCGAGGGCAGCGCCAGCGUGGCCGUGACCCACGUGCUGACCGCCGAGCGCGGCGACCACGGCCAGGACGUCGCUUGCCACGCCGAGCUGUCCCUGAGGCCGCACGGGCCGCUCUUCGCCAGCGCCGCCGUGCCCGUCACGCUCUCGGUGUUCGCUCUCCCGGAUCCCCCCCAGCUCCAGGCUCCUUCCAUCCUGGAAUUCGGCAGCUCCGUCACCGCCCGCUGUCGCAUCUCCGGUGCCUUCCCGGCCGGUGACAUCCGCGUCACCGCCACGCUGGACCAGGAGCCGCUGAACGUCACCGCGGUGGUGGCCGGGGACACGGUGACAGCCAGCACCGAGCUGUCCCCGCGGCGGCCGGGCCAGCAGGAGCUCAGCUGCACGGCCACGGUGGCCACGGUGGCCAAAACGGCGAGGAGCCGAAUCCACGUUUACCGAUUCCCGGAGCCUUCCCUGGAGCUGAGCCCGGAGCCGGCGGUGUCGGGCACAGAGGUGACAAUGACAUGUGGCACCGGCACCGCCAGCCCCGAGCCCCCCGAGCCCCCCGAGCCCCCCGAGCCCCCCGAGCUGCGGCUGCAGCUCCGCGAUCAGAGCGGGGGGGUCCUGGCCGAGGGGCCGCAGCCCCGGCUGCAGCUCAGGAUGGUGGCCCGGCCACACCUGGACGGUCGCCAAUUCCUGUGCCGGGCUAGCCUGGAGGUGGGCGACAGCGUGGUGACAAAGGACGCGGUGGCGCGGCUGACGGUGCUCUAUCUCCCCGAAAUCCCGGCCGGCGGUUGUCCCGUUAACCGCACGUGGGUGCGGGGCACGCGUCGAUCUCUGUCCUGCCUCGCCACCGGCAACCCCUCGCCCACCGUGGUCUGCGGUCACAACGGCGUCACCGUGGCCACCACCGAGCCCUUACCGGUCACCCGCUCGCUCGCCGGGACCUACGUGUGCAACGCCACCAACGCUUUGGGGACACGGAGCCGGAGCGUCACGGUCCGCGUGGAGUACGAGCCCACGCUGUCCGAGUCCGGGUGUCCGGCGCGUCGAGUCUGGGUGGAGGGACAGAGGUGGCAGCUGGAGUGUCGCGGAGAUGGGGACCCCGCGCCCAGCACGCGCUGCGCCCGCCGCGAUGGUGGCGGCCACCACGGAGGUGUCACCCGCAGCCAGGGAGGUCGCGUGGUCACCCGGGCCGAUGGUGGCCGCUACGUGUGCAGGGCCAGCAACCGGCACGGGGUGGCCGUGAGGAACGUCCUUGUCACCGUGGAGUACCAACCGAGCCUCGGCGAGCGCGGCUGCCCCGAGCGCCGCCGGUGGCUGGAGGGGACCCCGGCCCGGCUGAGCUGCGCGGCCACCGGGAACCCCCCGCCCCUCGUCACCUGCUCCAAGCUGGGCGACAAUCGCGACAUCGCCGGCACCUCCCUCAAUGUCACCGAGCCGGGUGGUGACAGCCGGGACCCCUCCCAGGCCACCCCCAAUGUCACCAGAGCCCACGCGGGCACCUACGAGUGCCGGGCCACCAACACGCACGGCUGGGCCACCCGCAAUGUCACCGUGAGCGUGGAGUACGGCCCCGCCGGUGUCACCGUGCGCGUCCUGCCCUCCGCCAGCGUCGCCCGCGGCGCCGCCUUCACCCUGGACUGCGGCGCCGAGGGGGAACCGGUGCCCACCUACACCUGGGCGCUGCCCCCCGCCCCCAACCUGCGCCUGGCCAGCGACAACCGCUCGGUCACGGUCACCGCGGCCACCGCGGCCAACGGCGGCGAGUACACCUGCACGGCGAGCAACCCCCACGGGCGGCGAGCGGCGAGCGUCGUGGUGAGCGUGGACGAGAGCUGGCUGCCGUUACUGGUGGCACUGGGAGCACUGGGAGGCGCGGCCGCGCUGGCUCUGGCCGUGGCCGGCGGGUGCUGCCUCAGGAGCCGCCAGUGCAGGAAGGGCGAGUACAACGUGAGCAGGGCCGAGGGCUCCGCCCGGCCCCGCGGCGACAGCGCCGGGAUCGCGCUGGGCCCGGCCUGA